AUGGCGGCAAAAGUAAUCAAAGCUGGUGGCUACACAUUUCACAUACGUUCUGUGGCUGGUAUUGAGUCCUGUUGCUACGUAGAUGCUAUUGAUGUGGCAUUUGAUCUCGGUUGUCUUGUGGACCGUGUAGUCAGUAAAUCGCACGUGUUCAUCACACAUGGACACAUUGAUCAUAUCGGAGCAUUGAUGGCGCAUGCUGCGCGACGAGCUCUUCUCAAGCAACAUCCAGCUCAGUAUUAUGUGCCUGCACACCUCGUCCCUCACCUGAAUAGCAUCUGUCAGUCUACAGCAGCCAUGCAGGGUGAUGCGCCCUUUCCAGCUCGCAUCAUGCCGCUCGAGGCAUUCGAUGAGGUGCAAGUCUCGUCGAAAUACGUGGUGCGAGCGGUGCCCACGACGCACCGCGUGCCGAGUCUAGGCUAUAUUCUGUAUGAGAAGAAGAACCGUCUGAAGCCGGAGUAUCGGCUACUACCACGCCAGGAAAUUGCAGUGCUUAGGCGUUCAGGGCAUGAGACCUCAUUCGUUCAGCUGACGCCCGAGAUUGCGUACACGGGUGACACGACCAUCGAGGCAUUCACGGCAGCAGCAGACAACGAGUUGACGAACGACUUGCUGCGUGUGAAAGUGCUCAUCACGGAGGCCACAUACGCCGAUUCCAAAAUGACAGUUCAAGACGCUGUUGAUCGUGGUCAUAUGCACCUUGACCAGGUACAUAUUCCAGCUCUUGACUGCGUGCCUCAUUGUGGGUGA